UGAUCUCACCGUUCGCGGCAACGUUCCGACGGCUGCGGUGAGUGUGCUCUUUUCAAACAUGGGGAGGUUAUACGCUUAGAGGCAGUACUAUGUGGGAUCUCGGUAGUCGCGGCGCCGUGGUGUUGUUAAGUGUGACGUGUGGGUGCGUGCUGAUAUACAACGCCUGGGGCGCUAUCCUGGCGCUGGCGUUCACCUUGCUUCUGGUGGUGUACGCGUGCUACUCCCUGCUCGUCAACGACAGUCUGCUGUCGCCGCACGCGUAUCACGUUCUCGGUUACCUGCGGGAGGCGAUUCACGAGCUCGGCGCGGCCCUCCGUGUCGUCCACGUCCACGGUACCGGUUACGUGUGUAAGCUCUGGCACAGUGCGAGCCGUUGUUACCGCGAGCGUUUCCCUCCGUUCAGGAUGGACAGGCGACGCGCGAGCAAUUAUCAGCUCAGCAGCGACUCGUACGCUGCCAAGCGCGGAGAGUCGCCGUCAUCGCUAUCGUCGUCGUCGUCGUCCAGGUUUGGCUUGAUCGAUCAGUUGAGCCCGAUCCCGUGCGUUCCCCAUUGUUCGCGCGUCAACGAUGCGCUCGGGAUGGACAGUAGACUGUAUCACGCCGGUGAUUACGAUUGCACGUCGCAGCGACAGCAGCAAUCUAUCUGUGGCAAGCACACCUCUACACCCGUCUUGAAACCCGUCGACAAAGAGAAGAACCCACGGAACGGCGAUCUGAUCUCGCAGUCGCAUGGCAUAUCCAAGAAGAUUCCAUCAAUGCACGCUCAGAAUCAUACGCUGAGCCGCGGGGAGAAUGUCACGCAGUUCAGUCCCGAAGGUUCUCCGUGGGGUAUGAGUAUCAGCCCCAAGAUGCGCCCUAGACCAGCCGGAGUAAAAACGGUCCAGACAGUCGCUGGGCCACUGUUAGCAUCCACGAGAUACAAUAUUGAUCCCAAGCUAUACACGGACGUAUCAUCGCCGGGUCUUACAACAAGGUUGACCAAGUAUGCCACGGAAGCAAAGAAUAAAUUAAUUCAUCAAUCUCAGUACGGCACUGGACAAUUUCCAAAAGUUAAUCUACAUGCAAACCCGAUUCCUCUGUUGAAUGCCAAGUUGACGAAGAUGAGGAUGCCUGUGACGGUCAGAGUGGCGCCGCCGGAUGUGACAAAAUAUUCUCCACCUGAAAGGCAAAAGAUUCUGUCUAAUAUUUGCCACACGGAGAACAGAUCGCCCACAAGCGUUGUCCAGGUCUUGCGAGAGAUAUCGUUGAAACGACACGCAUCGACGGAGGAUGUUAGCUUUGACGUCCCUAAAAAGCAGAGGACAGACUACUUUAACGAGGACAGAGAAAUGAUUCUAGAAGAAAACAAGAAACGAAGUAGGGAUGAAUCAUCUAAAUCAGACGAGGAUCUUUCUCCCCAAAGUAAAUCUGUCAGACCUGCAAAACGUACAAAAACCCAAUCCUGUUACGAUAUCUUAAACUCUUUGAGUUCUAGCGCCCACACUGCCGCUGGAGUUAAAAGAAAAGCAGUUGAUUUCUCGCGCAGCGGUACACCCGACUUCGAAAAGCAUUUCAAAUCUCUGGAAAGCACACGGUCUAGUAGCUCACCUAUUGUGCCACAGUCUCAGAUUAUAGAGGUUAUAGAUUUAGACGAUGGUAAAUCUGAAUUUAAAGAAGUAUAUACGAAAAAUCCCGAGAUUCCUAAUUCUAAGAAAGCAGAGGAAUUUCCUCUGGUAAAAGGAAUAUUGAAAUCAUCGAAUAAAGGAUCCAGGCUCAGUUUGGAGAAAAUAGGGUCUGUAGUUCAUAAGAAUGUGAGAAGUACUAGUGAAACUGAUAACAACAAAUCUGUUGCGCCAAAAUCCAUUAAAUUGACGGAUAAACUAUUUAUGAGAGCUGAACCUGAACGGAACGAAGAGUUGAAGUCGCUCGUGGAGGAACCGGGUAAUAUAAAAGUCAGGUUUGCGACGGACAAUGUGGAAGAAAUAAAGAAAGAGGACAUACGAAAUAUGAGGCAAAACAGUAUGAAAGCCAGACUUCAAAGUAUGUUUAAUGCAAUAUCAGGAAAGGCAGAGAACAAAAUCAAUCCGGAUGUCGUGAUUCAAGCGGACGACAUUAACACAGUUACACCACCGGUCACACUUUCAGUCACACUUCCAGUCACACUUCCAGUCAGUUGUGCGACUCUCAACUCCUCGACAACCACAACAAAUAUCAAUACCACACCGCUGUCCACAGCGGCCAUUGUACCGAGUGGUUUCUCUUCGUCGAGGCCUAGUACGAGAAUCGAUACAAAAUCGGACGCAGCUUUACCGAAAAUCACGUCGCCAGCGCAAUUGAAUGUGCCAGCAAAAAAUACUCUCGAAGCGAAAGAAA